UCGGGAUUUUCAAUUUGCUCAUAGAAAUAUUCAGCAAUUUUAACGCUAAAAUCUUGUAGGUAUUCCCAAAUUACGUCUCUCAACACGGUGGCACAGUUAUUUUAAGGGAGUGCUACUGCCAAAGUGAAAUCGAAAGGCACAAUGGACAUGGCAGAGACUUGCCGUCUCUGCCUGGGCCAGAACCCGAACAGCACCCCGAUGGCUCUGGAGGACGAGGAUUUCCGUAAGAAAAUCGACAAAAUUUUCUACUUUCAGGUCGCGCGUAAUCGGGACAUUCCGACCGUGGUUUGCGAUGCCUGCAAGGCAACGGUCAGCGGAUUUUACGAUUAUGCCGAGCAGGUUCAAAAGAAUCAGGAAUUUCUACGAACCGCGCUAGUUCCGACAUCGUCGUCCAGCUCACUGGAAAUGGUUGCUUCCUACGAAACCUUGGAGAUGGGAGAAAGCGGUGGUUUGAUCAAGAUGGAAUACGUGGUCAAGAAGGAGCCCGACGAUGCGGAAUGGAUGGGUUUGGAUACGUAUUGUGAAGCUACUAUUGGAGCGGAUCGAGGAGGGGAAGAAGCUAAAGUGGCUACUGAAGAUAUGGUUGCGGAUGAGAAGGUGGAUCAAGACUGGACUCCGUUGGGCAUUUUCGGAGAAGCGGACGACGACGAUGAUGAUGAAGAUGAUGAUGAUGGGGAAGAUUCUGACGACUCAGAGUCGGAUGAGAAGCCAAGCGUCGGAGACGAUGAGUUUAUAGAAGAUGUGAAACCGAAGCGAAAGUACAAACCGAGGAAAAGUACUCCUAAGAAGGCGAAAAUAGAGAAGGGAGAACAAAAACCAAAAUCGAAGACGGAUGGGCCUUCGAUCGAUGAACUUGUGUUGCAGCAUUAUAAGCUUUCUUGUGAUUUGUGCUCCGAACCGCUAGAGGAUUUUACGGAGUUGCGCAAACACUACAAGUACGUCCACGACGAGCAGGGGUAUUUGAAAUGCUGCAACAAGAAGAUCUUUAAAAAAUGCUGGAUGGUUGAACACAUUCAGCUGCACCUGAAUCCGGAUGCAUUCCACUGCGAUAUCUGUAACAAGAGUUACAGUUCCAGCAAAGUGCUGAAAGAGCACACCAAAGAAGUUCACUCACCGAACGAAAGUCGUCCAUUCAAGUGCGACACCUGCCUGAAGCCGUUCGUAUCCAAUGCCCACCUGAACGCGCACAUCAUGGUGGCCCAUGGAUCCGUCCCCUGUCCGCAGUGUCCCAAGUUGCUGGCAUCGCAAGGUUCACUUAAAAAGCAUCUGGUAGCGAUGCACGGCGACGGGGAGCAGCACGUGUGCGAAGUGUGCGCACGGGUGUUCCGUUCGAAGCAGUGCUUCGACACGCACGUCAAGGGUCAUCUGGGCACGCGGACGGAGAACCGGGUCCAGUGCAGUAUGUGUUCCGUUUGGUUGACGGACAAGUACUGCCUGACGAAGCACAUCCGGCGGAUGCACAUCCAACCAGACGUGGCACUAUCGUGUGAAUUGUGCGGCAAACAGGUGCGCAAUCAGGACGCCCUAAAUUGCCACAUGCGCCGGGCGCACACCGAGAGCCGGUUCGAGUGUGAAAUGUGUCACAAAAAGUUCAAACGGCCGCAUCAUAUGAGGGAACACAUAGCGAUCCAUCAUACCGGGGAGAAUCUGUACGGCUGCAAUCAUUGUCCGGAGCGGUUCAACACCAAGAACAAGCAGUACAUGCACCGAAAAACUGUCCAUCCGGUCGAGUGGGAAGAAGAGAUGCGUAAGCGGGUCAUGAAGGAUGCGUAGGUUUGAUUUUUUUUGGUGACCAAAAGUAACUUAAGUAAGC